AUGGUUGAGUGUCUGGAGCUCACCUUGAGGGAACAGUUUCUUCCAGCUAAAACAGUGCUCCACGCCUAUCUCCAUUUUGAGGCACUCACAAAACACGAGUAUGAAUACUCUUGUGUGACAUGUGGGGAUCAUCCAGCCGUUGUAAUCAUGGAUCUCCACAGAAAAGGAGCAUUCAACAUGUCAUUGAGUGACAAACCACCGCCAAAGAAUUUUAACGGCUACGUGGAUAUGGAAGACUUCUGGGAGACACUAGCCCUGCAAAUGAUUGGUUGUGGCUUUGAUGCAGAUGAAAAUUCAACCCAACCUUGGAAGAAGCCUCAUAAUCCUCUACAAGACAAAUUGCUCAGAUACAUACUUGACACGAUGCGGCUGGCUGAUGAGGUCAUUGUGAAGGAGGGAGCGACAUGCCUCACAAGAGCAGAUUUUUGGACUUUAGGUUUGAGACGGGACAUGGAGUCAGAGAUUGGAAAUGCCUGCAUGAAAAUUAUCUAUGAUGCUCGAGCACAUGGCAAAGACAUAUACAUUGCCGACCUGUAUCUUGUUCCAAGAUGGAAAACUGAUAAAGAUCCCCUAGCGUACUUACCUAGUGAUGCUGACAUAAAGGAUGCCCUUGUGUUUCCUGCAUGGACACAAGCUGGCGGACCAGACCAUUGUGUUUUAUGUCUAAGAUUUUUCAAUAUUGCACAUCGUCUUGAUCCUGGACAGUGGACAGAAGUCACAGGAUUGGAUAUUGGGGCGAUUCCUCAACAGAGCAACAUCCAUGAUUGUGGGAUUUUUAUGCUCAUGUAUGCCCUCUACACUGUGCUGAACACUCGAUUUAGUUUCACUUUAGUUUCAGAUUUUGAUGCCUUACACAAGACGCUAAAGGUGUUAAAAGAUAAAAAUCUGAUUUUUUUUAGGUAUGGGAAAAGGUUUGCCCACUGGAACGAGGAUGCAAGGUUCCUGCCUGAAGGGACAUUACAACCUCUUUACCGGGAUUUUCCAGGGCUAACUUAUGACCUGCCACAACAUUUUGUUGUUGAGAGGAACCGCAAGUCAUGCAACCAACCGUUGGUGGACUUCAUUGUAGCAACCAGAGGAACAGAUAACCACAUUCAGUCCAUCAUAAAUGGCCAAAAGAAGUCAAAGUGGCUUGAAAUGUUUACCAAUCCUUCUGCCAAGACCAUGCUUGUAACUGUAUACCUUGAAGAUCAGGACCAAAUAGAUGACGUCUACAUUCACCUCACUUCAGUUCUAGACAGGAGACCCACACACACUCACAGUGACGCAGACAAGUUUGUUAUGGAUGUCCUUUUUGCAGAGGUGGGUCCUAUGUUAGCUUUCUAACCCUAACUUGUUUGGGGUGUGAUCCAUCUUAACUCUUUCUUUGGUAGUCCAUCAUCUGUGCUCUUGCUGCUUUGGAAAAUGUCACCAUGUUGGAGGCUGAGAACAAAUUUUUACGAGGGCCUGUCAUUGACAUAUUGUAUGUUAUGAUGCUAUAAAGGAGAAAUUGUUAAGCACGACAUCCUGCCAUUAUUUCCAAUAACAAUUUUGUCUACAACUUUUAAUGUUCAUUUAU